UGGCUUGCACUGGGCGGGGGUGUAUGCUUACCAGAAGUCCUGGUUUCCAAGACUAUUUCAUGGCAGGUAAUCUUGUUUUUAUAAUAAUAAUAAUUUAAAUAUCAUGUAAACUGAUGAAAUGAGUGCAAAACUUUUUUUCCCUGAAAACCAAGUUGGAUUCUUUGGAAAGACUUGAUAAAGGUGAGUUACUAAAUAAUGGCUGUAGAAUUAGUUGGCUGCAAUAUCUAAAAUUUUGGGAGGAAGAAGAGCAUUAGUCCCAAAGGAUUCUGUAUGUAGACUGCUUUACAAGGAUUUUUUAAAGCUUUCCACUUUAAUGAAACUGAAAAUGGAAAAUUGUAGAUGAUGCAUUUAUAGAUGUGGUUUAGAUCAAGCAGAAGGAACUUCAAUCAGCAAGGAGCUCCUCAUCAUCGAUCCCAUUCUCCAAGUGCUUUCACCCCAUAUUAAGAUUGGCAAAUGAAUGUACAUUUAUGUGUUAAACUUAAAUAAAAUUUUUAAGGUACGUAUGUAUGAUAUUUCGAUUUCCUACUUUAGCUUUAAUUCAUUUUUUUACCUAUUAUUUUUGGAUAUGAUUGUUUUGGUUAUGAAAGCUUCUGCUUCAGUAAGUGCUCUGAUUUUGUUUUCUAAAUGAAUAGAAGAAUGUAAGAUCCUCAAUGAAGAUACUGGUUGUGUUAUGUCGGAAUAAACAAAAGAACUGACACUGGGAAACUAGAAAGAGCUAGAGACAGAUCGACUUGGUUUUGGUUCCUGGCACCUACCUUCUAGGGAUCUUAACCUUUUUGGAUCUUCAUUUCCUCGCUGUAAAAUGGGAGCGAUCCCUAAAUUGGAGAGUCUGAAGAUAAAGUGGUAACAUGACCUUGGACGUAAUAGGUCUUCAGUAUGUCACUAAAGUAGCUUUGUAAUAUCAGGCAAGUUAUCCAACUUCUAUUGCCUAGUUUUCCAUUAUUACCACCUUAAUGAUAAAGACACUCUAAAAGGUAAAUUUUUUUAUAUGUAAGUUGUUUUAUCAGAAUCUGAGCCUUAGUCAAACCUGGAGUAUAGUAGUUGCUCAAUAAGUAUUUGAAGUCAUGAACAUGAGUCAUACUACAUAAUAGCUUGUCUGCUAAUUAAGGCAAGGGCGAGUUUUUGCAUUUAGGAGAUGUAAAGUGUGUAUAUGAGGGUUCCCAUGGACUGUACCAGCUUAGAACGACCUCUUUGUUAGGCUGAUGUCUAUAUCAUUUAGUAACAACUGCUGGCCUUUGCCAGGCGCUGUGCACUAGGACUUCUCAUCAAGAACUAAACUAUUUGCGUCUGGUCUUUGUGUUUAUCUCUCCCAUCCAACUUUAUUAUAACUAGUACUUUAAGUAAGACUUAAUGUAUGUUUUAGGUGAGAAGUUGGGAAAAGUGAAGAAUAGGGAAAAUUUAAAGAGAAGAAUUACUUAAGAUAGGCUAUUAAUUAUUAAGGUGAUUUGAGGCAAGUGUAGGGGGAAACUUAGUAUUUUAAUUUAUUUAGUAAAUGUUUGAUUGCUAAUGGGCAAAGCUAAAGCUGUAAGGAUGACCUCUUUUCAGUAAGAAAAACAGGUGUAGCAGAUAGAUGGUAGGCUAAUCAAUUUCUGCCACUACAUGCACGAAUACGUUUUCAGUUAGUAUUCUACUUUUCAUGUUUGAUGCAGCAGUGGAUUAUAAAACUACAUAUUUUAAUUGGUGAUUUUAAGAAUUUGUUCCUUUCCUGUUGGUAAUAGAUUUUAUAAGAAUUAAAACAGUAUUAUUUUACAGCACAAGUUGCUGGAGUGUAUAUAUUUCAUUAAUAUGCUUAAUUUUUUUUAGUAAUUGUUUUAUAAGCCAGAAAGACUUGUGAUCUAACAAGUCCAAGAUAAGACCUUCUACAAGAGAUGAUGUUUACUUAACUGUCAGUCUUCUAAAUCCAGCUUUAUUUCAGGCUUAAUUUGUGACUUGGUACCCGAUUAUUUUAUUUUACCUUAAGUUGCAUAAUGGGCUUGGGGAUCAUAUAAGGUAUUGGGCCCACUUGGAGCAGACUUAAGGAAUGUGUGUGUGUGAGCGUAUAAAGGAAGAAACAAGAAUGUGACCAAGAGGAAUAGUAAUGCUGGAACUGAAGUCCUUUUCAUUCUGUUUGGGAGAUGGCAAUGUGAAUUGUAAAUGUAUUCAUGAGUUAAUAAAAGCUAUUUAGCAAAGUUGCCUGAGAAAUAGCCAGGAUGUGUGUUAAUUCUUUUAACUGUUGUUUUAAGACUGGGUAAGUAUGAAGGGUUGUCCUCAGCUUAGAUUAUACUUUGUCAUAGUUUGGAGUGUUUUAAUUCAUGGCUCUGAGGGGCUGGGUGGGCCCGUGGCGAGAUGGAAGAGCUGCGGGGUGGAAAGCGCAUGUGUGAUGGUGGUGCUGGUGCUUACCCCCCUAGUCUGUUGCCUGGGAGGGUGGGCCUGGUUCACCAGCUCGUCCUUUUCUCUCCUGUUCGUAGUCAGAAAUCCAGAGUUUUUAGGAAAUCCAAUUUUUAAGAUGUUGGCAACUAAUUCAAAAUUACUUAAGCAUCAUGGACCAAAUGAAAUAAAUCUGUUGGUCAGAUAUGCUACCACCUUAUAAUUUCUCAUUUAGAUAAUUGGCUUUAGACAUUUUUUAAAGAUGUCCAUGAUUGCUUUUGGACCUCUUUAGCAUUUAGGUUUCAGAAAUUCCUGCUCACAUGUUGAUAAAACCCACUUUGUUAAUUGGUCAUUGGUUUACAAUAGGACUGAUAGUUAAUUAGUAAAUGGCAAACAUGUUCUAUUCUUAAAAGUAAUACUAGUUUCUAGUUUUGGACUAUUGAAUUAUGUAUGUCCAUAUAGGCUAAAGUGUUGUAUGUACAGACUUCAGAGUAGCACAAGGACUAAAGUAUGACAUAAACUGUCAGAAAUUGGUAUUCAUAGUCCACUUUUUUUUUUUGAUGUCUGGAUGAGUGCUUAUUUUAAGCCCACAUUAGUGCAGUUUGGUUUAUACCCAUUGUACUAACCUCUUAGGGGCUUGAAAUACUGUUCUGAGCAGACUGCUUGUCUAGAAAAUGAAGUUUUUUGAAGUUCACAUUAGCUUAUAUGACCCAUGAUCCUUGGAACAUAGUAUUACCAUGAAACAAAAUGUAGUUGCUCUUCUAGUCAGAGUAUAGAACAAGGGGGUGUUAGAAUAUUUUUAUUUUUGACUAGGCUUCAUGUUUCCAUAAAGUGGAAGCCAAGCUAUUGCCUUGACUGACUUUCCUUUUUUGUCAUUCUCACUUCCCCAUCCUCACUUCAUAUACAUAACAGCAAAUUGCAAGUGAAAAAAAUAUCUCAGAUUCAGUUUGUUCUUUUCCUACCUUUCAAGUCCAGGGUAUAAUUGAUUGUGCAACCCCCCUCCCCACGCCCCCAAGCAUUUUUACUGUGAUUGUGGCAUCGUAGUUAAGGGAAUCCCUACCCACUUUGGGAACACUCAGGAGUUGCUGGUGUGGGUGAACCCUUAAAAAUGGAAUUGCAAGUGAAAGUUUGGACUUAACCAAACCCUUAAACCUCAACCUGGAGUCCUCCGUGCUCACAAACUGGCAUUUGCUUGCUUCUGCCCCAGAAUCAAGAAAUGCUGGUAUUGUCUUUGUUUAGUUUUUAUAACAUUCUUGGUUGACAACUAUCCUUACUGUUAGAAUGCUUGAAUUUUGUCCGUUGAAGAAACCCAAGUGCAUCUAUCAUAGCCAGAUUGCUGUGGAUGUAGUCCAGUAUGGGAAAGUUCUCACUGGGGUGAUCAAGACCUUAGCUGCACUUGGAUUUCAGGUACUGGGAAGGUCCUUGUGUGGGAACCCGUGUGCAGUGUUUGCUUUCGUUAGAUGGGUAAAUUAUGAAUAUAAAACAUUCAGUUCUGGGUUUGAUUCAGAUACAAGGUGAGUUUCUGUUGCUGAAUGAAAAGCUAAAUUUGAGGGUAGGGUCUUUGCCAGGCAUAUGUUGUAUAUAGAAAGAUGUACUUAAGUGUUCUUUUAAAAAAAAUUUGGUUGAACCUCUUAAGUAAAUAUAUGACCCAGUAGUAUGUUGUUUUGAUUUUCAUUCUUUAGCUGGCGUACUACCUGACUUCUCUUUUGUUAGCAAUUAUAUGAGAAACAAUUGUGUGAAGCAUACUAUUUUGAAAACCUGAGAUAAACCAGGUUUCCACCAGGGACGAUCUUGAGUCUGUAGUAGUGUUACUGGUCCGGGAAAGCCGUUCUCAUGUGUGGACUGAGGGCCAGGAGCUUUUGCAAAUUCAUUUUAAGAAGGUUGAGGUGAAGAAAGAGUCCUAACAAAAUUUUCUUUAUUCAAUAUUUUAUCUGAUUCGGAUGAAAUAAUUGGAACCUGUAACAUCAGGAUCUUCCUAUCUUCUGACAUUCAUUGGAAAGCAGUUGUGAUCCUGUUUCUCUGGAUUUUUAGACCAGUCUAUUUGUCCUGUCGUUGAAAUGCAAGAGGAGAAUCUAGCUGCAUUCAUAAUCUGUAACAUCAUACCAAAGUUUACUUUUUAUGUUCAGUUCAGGCCAUAAUUUCUACUAGUCCUUCCAAAUACAGAUCAGGUUAUCAUGUUGUCUUAUUUUUUUACUUCUUAAAAAUCUUAUAUUCCCUAAACCUUGAGGAAAAUUAGAAAGUUUUAAAAAUUUUCCAACCAAAUAUAUCUGCUUGAGGAAACAUCCCACUUUUAGGACCUUCUAUUUAUGACUUGGCCUCCUGGGAGAAUUAAGAAUCUGGUCUACAAGAAGGCUUGUGUUUAUAUUUUCUGGCCCCAGUCACAUGGAAAAACAAGAAACAUUUUGGCAUCUGUUCUUCUAGGAAUGAUUUUUCCAGGAACAUCAGACUGGAACCAAGUAGGAUAAGUACAGAAAACAUGAAGGUGAACCCACAGAGUUGACAUGAUUGCAUGUUCUACCUCUAAACCUUAUGUUUUAUACUUUAAACCUUAGUGGGUAGUUUAAGCGGGGUGUGUGUGUGUGUGUAUGUAUUUUCCCCUUGAAUACUCAGCCAUCUUAAGGGUUAGAUAGUGUAAUCUGCAUUUUACAAGUGAAAAAACUGAAGCAGAAAGGUGUUCAGGGUCACACAGCUCAGUAAAUGGCUGGGCCAGCAUUCCAAGGGCAGUCUCAACCUAGAAGCUCUAGUUUUCAUCACUAUAUCUGUGAAAAGAGUGUACAACAUAGUGAUGUAGUAGAGUUAAAGUCCCUUUAGAUUGAGGGAAGUAUUUCACAUCUGUUUUGAGUGCCUACAGGGUACCAGCAUUACCAUGUUUGGGGGACAUACAGUGCUAAAUUGUAAGACAAAGUUCCAGCUUUCCUGGAGCGUACAUUCUUGUAAGGUAGACAAACUAGCAAAUCCUAGAGAAAGCAUGAUGAGAAACCAAUGUGGCAAAUUUCAUUUCUGUUAGAGUGCUCAGGCAAGGCCGAGACUUAAGUGAGGACUUAAGUGAGGCCAUUGCCAUUGACCUGGGCAGAAGAGCAGGAACGAGCACAGAGAUCUUGGAGUUAUGUUAGCUUGCAUUCAGUUCAGCAGGCUUUUGUUUGUUUUAUAGGUCAUCUUCAAGCCUUCCCUGGAAGAACUGACAGUGCGUAACAAUUGUUCAGUACUUCAUUUUUUCCCCACAGGGCUUUUUUAUUUAGUAAUCUAGUUGUGCCUUGAGAUACCUGUUUUUCCCAUUUUGUAGAAGUGAGAGUUAAGAUGCAGACUUCGGCACACAUUAAAGGAAAUAGUUUAAUGAAUCUCCAUACUGUGCUCAUCACCCACCUUCAACAACCGAUCAGCAUUUACCAAUCUUGCUUCAUCUAAACUCCCACCACUGCCCUUGGUUUUUUUCUUGGAGUAUUUUUUAUUUUCUUUAGAAAAGUUACAAGACCAGUUCAGUUAAUACUUGCAUGGUUUUCACCUAGAUCACCAAAUGUUAGAAUUUGCCAUAUUUGCUCUUUUUUUUUUUUUUAAUCUGCACUGUUUGAGAGAUGCAGACAUCUUGACAUGCCUUUUUUAGGAAUAAGGGCAGUUUUCUUCCUAACCACAACAUAACCAUUACCCAAUUCUGACAUUGAUACAGCACUGUUAUAAAAUGUUCAAUACAUGUUCAAAUUUAUCCUGUUAUUCCAUUAAUAUUCUUGAGCUUUUUAAUCCAGAAUUCAGUCAAGGAUCAUGCAUUGAGAUGUUUAGUCUCCUUGAUCUAGAACAAUUCUCUGGGCUUUGUCAUUAAUGACAGUAGCACUUUGAAGAGUCCAGGCCCACUGGUCUGCACAAACCCUCAAUUUGGAUUUGUCUAGUUGAUUUUCUCAUGAUUAGAGAUAGGUUAAACAUUGUUGACAUAAUUAUCAAAUAGGGAUGUCUGUGUAUUGCAUCAGGAGGCAUGUCAGUUUGUCUCACUAUUGAUGUUAAGCAGUCAUUUGGUUUAGGUGAUACCCACCGGAUUGCUCCAUUGUAAACUGCCUUUUUUCCUUUUGUUUUUAUAGAGUGACAAAGUUGAGACUGAGUAUUCUUCAGUCUUCUGGCUUUCGCAUCUGUUGAUGAUUCUGAAUCAGUUAACAUCUCCAUGUUCAAAUCCCUGAAGUGUCUUAAAUGUUUCUCCCCAGUUGGUUUGCUUGAAUCUGAAUCUAGACCAAGUCCACAGGCUGCAUUUACUUGAUGGCCCCUUGAGUCUUUACGGGUUGGUACAGUAGGCUUCACUAACUUAGCUGCAACUCAGAAUUUCUCCUCCAGCACCUGAGUAAAUGCUGAUGGUCUUGUGGAGAGUGGAUUAAGAGUACGAGCUAAGUUCUCAAUCCCAAUUAAGAAGCGGAGGAAAAUUUAAACUGUCUCCUUCAAAGUUUAUCACAACCACCACCAUCAAGACAGCAAACCAAAGGACAAAGACUUUGACCUGCUGUGUUGCUCUGUGUAGUCCAGUUCACGUAUGGUUUACAGACUUGUCUGGGGUUACUAAUGAGUAAAUAAAAAGUCGGACACUUCUGUCAUUGGACACUUUUAUUCACAAAGUUACCAAAAUGAGGGCUGUACUGGAGACAGCAGACAUUGCCAUAGUGGCCCUGUAUUUUAUCCUGGUCAUGUGCAUUGGUUUUUUUGCCAUGUGGAAAUCUAAUAGAAGCACCGUGAGUGGAUACUUCCUGGCGGGGCGCUCUAUGACCUGGGUAGCAAUUGGUGCCUCUCUGUUUGUGAGCAAUAUUGGGAGUGAGCACUUCAUUGGGCUGGCAGGAUCUGGAGCUGCAAGUGGAUUUGCAGUGGGCGCAUGGGAAUUCAAUGCCUUACUGCUUUUGCAACUUCUGGGAUGGGUUUUCAUCCCGAUUUACAUCCGGUCAGGGGUAUACACCAUGCCUGAAUACUUGUCCAAGCGAUUUGGUGGCCAUAGGAUUCAGGUCUAUUUCGCAGCCUUGUCUCUGAUUCUCUAUAUCUUCACCAAGCUCUCAGUGGAUCUGUAUUCGGGUGCCCUCUUUAUCCAGGAGUCUUUGGGUUGGAACCUCUAUGUGUCUGUCAUCCUGCUCAUUGGCAUGACUGCUUUGCUGACUGUCACCGGAGGCCUUGUUGCAGUGAUCUACACAGACACUCUCCAGGCUCUGCUUAUGAUCGUUGGGGCACUCACACUUAUGAUUAUUAGCAUGAUGGAGAUUGGCGGGUUUGAGGAAGUUAAGAGAAGGUACAUGUUGGCCUCACCCAAUGUUACUUCCAUCUUGUUGACAUACAACCUUUCCAACACAAAUUCUUGUCAUGUCCACCCUAAGAAAGAUGCACUGAAAAUGUUGCGGAAUCCAACAGAUGAAGAUGUUCCUUGGCCUGGAUUCGUUCUUGGGCAGACCCCAGCUUCAGUAUGGUACUGGUGUGCUGACCAAGUCAUCGUGCAGAGAGUCUUAGCAGCUAAAAACAUUGCUCAUGCCAAAGGGUCUACUCUUAUGGCUGGCUUCUUGAAGCUUCUGCCAAUGUUUAUCAUAGUUGUCCCAGGAAUGAUUUCCAGAAUACUGUUUGCUGAUGAUAUAGCUUGCAUCAACCCAGAGCACUGCAUGCAAGUAUGUGGAAGCAGAGCUGGGUGCUCUAAUAUUGCUUACCCACGCCUGGUGAUGAAGCUGGUUCCCGUGGGCCUCCGUGGCUUAAUGAUGGCAGUGAUGAUUGCAGCUCUGAUGAGCGACUUGGACUCUAUCUUUAACAGUGCCAGUACCAUAUUCACCCUCGAUGUGUACAAACUCAUCCGCAGGAGCGCAAGCUCCAGGGAACUAAUGAUUGUGGGGAGGAUAUUUGUGGCUUUUAUGGUGGUGAUCAGCAUUGCAUGGGUGCCAAUCAUCGUGGAGAUGCAAGGAGGCCAGAUGUACCUUUACAUUCAGGAGGUAGCAGAUUACCUGACACCCCCAGUUGCGGCCCUGUUCCUUCUGGCAAUUUUCUGGAAGCGCUGCAAUGAGCAAGGGGCUUUCUAUGGUGGAAUGGCUGGCUUUGUUCUUGGAGCAGUCCGUUUGACACUGGCCUUUGCAUACCGUGCCCCAGAAUGUGACCAACCUGAUAACAGGCCAGGCUUCAUCAAAGACAUCCAUUACAUGUAUGUGGCCACAGCAUUGUUUUGGGUCACAGGACUCAUUACUGUAAUUGUUAGCCUUCUCACACCACCUCCCACAAAGGAACAGAUUCGUACCACCACCUUUUGGUCUAAGAAGAGCCUGGUGGUGAAGGAAAGCUGCUCCCCGAAAGAUGAACCAUACAAAAUGCAAGAGAAGAGCAUUCUGAGGUGCAGUGAGAACAGUGAGGCCAUCAACCACAUCAUUCCCAAUGGGAAAUCUGAAGAUAGUAUCAAGGGCCUUCAGCCGGAAGAUGUUAAUCUCUUGGUGACCUGCAGAGAAGAGGGCAAUCCGGUGGCUUCGUUAGGGCAUUCAGAGGCAGAAACACCAGUAGAUGCUUAUUCCAAUGGGCAAGCAGCUCUUAUGGGUGAGAAAGAGAGAAAGAAGGAAACAGAGGAUGGAGGCCGAUACUGGAAGUUCAUAGAUUGGUUCUGUGGCUUUAAAAGUAAGAGCCUCAGCAAGAGGAGUCUCAGAGACCUGAUGGAGGAGGAGGCUGUUUGUUUACAAAUGUUGGAAGAGCCUCCACAAGUUAAACUAAUAUUAAAUAUCGGACUUUUUGCUGUGUGUUCACUUGGAAUUUUCAUGUUUGUUUAUUUCUCCUUAUGAACUUUUUAAGGAUAUGAUGAGACACUAACUUAAGAAAAUACUGGUCUUUGGAAAAAAAACAAAAACAAAACUUAUGUAACUGUUGCAUCUCUCAGGCAUUGUUUACGCUAUAGGUUUUAGCCAAAUUUUACUUAGCAGAAAAUCAUCUAUUUGCAAGACUUUAUUUUCCCAGAGAUGGAUGAAAGUAAAUUUUCAACCUAAAUGAAGUAAAACUUGUUUAACAGACUUGAAUUGUGCAAAUGUGGUUUAAAAUUUUCCAUACCAAAGUAAGGAGAGACCAAUUAUUCUCAUAGAACAUGUAGAGCAGAAUAUAUGCUAAGAUUAUCACAAACAAGGUAUACUGUGUGCACUGCCAAAUCUUGGUAGGCCUUCUUAUCCUGAAGUAGAGGACUUGCUCGUUUCAGAGUUUUUUCUCUGUCUCUGUAAUCCCUACUACCAUUUAAAACAAUUCGUGGACAUUGUAUAAUCAGUUGUGUACUGAAAACCUAACUGAUGUGCUUGUGGGGUCCUUGUAUCAGGACAGGUUAGUUUGUUUGCCAGGUUCAUUUUGCUAGCAUGAGCCUGUGGAUUCUGAUUGCCAAAAGAAAGGAAGAGUGUUUACCUGUAGCUGUUCUGGUACCACCAACAUAUGGAAUGUUGGUAAAAAGUUUGUUUCAGUUCCUUUUUUUUCCUACUUUGACCGAAGUUUAAGUGAACCAUACUCAAAUGACCACCAACUCUGUCUUGAUAAAAAGUUAUGUCAUGAUUGUAUUGUCACAUGAUUAGGGGAGAAAAUGAAGUAAACAUUGCUGAUGAUCCCCAAAUUGAUUGACCAAGUUAAGAUUGUUUAUAUAGUUUGGGAAUUAGCAGUCCUCAAGCAGUGUUUGAUCAGCUUAUGCUAAACAGGCGACUACUCAUACUCCACUAAUUCUCUAGCUUUGUUCUUUGUUUUUGCAUUUGGUAACCUUUUUUAUUAGCCACACACUUUUCCAAGUGGAUUCAGUUGGAAGAUAUGUCCAGAAAUUUGAAGAAAAUUGUCACUGCCUUUGUGCUGGGUUGCCCUGCUUGAUUAGAUCAUGAUAUAUUGAAGUUGAGCUUUUGGAGGGAAAAUAAUAAUCCUGAGAUCAUAUUUUAUUCUUGAUAAGUUUGUUUUCCUGAUUUAUUUUUUUAUUUUUUUAUUUUUUGGAAAGACUCGCCAUCUGUACACGGCCUCUACAUUUUUUAAAAAGUUACAUUGACUUAGAGCAUGAGGAGGUUCCAGUGCAAACUCGGCAUCAGUAACAGAAAACAGUGCAUGCUUUGCCAUUGGUAGAUUGUCAGUAUAGUCUUUCUGUAGAGUGGAUAGCAUGUUAAAGAGGUGUCAUGAAUAAGAACUUCCGGGUUUAGUAGUAUGUCUUGUGGAGGAUAUCCUACGACUUGUGUACUUACAGGAUCCUCUAUCUUCACACGGCUUGGCACUCCGUUGUAACCUUCGUGGAUGGGAAUCUUUUUCACAGGCUGAUUCCCCUUCUUGAGGACAGGAUACAAAAGACAUUAGAGAAAAGCUCUACAGAUUACGAGGUUCUGUGUCUGUGUGCUCAACAUGGUCCUUUUUCCUCCAUGACAUAUGAAGGAAACUAAUUGUGUAUCUACUUUCUUUGACUUUCCUGUAAUCGAUGGUACUUUUUAAAUUGCAUGAUUUUAUGAAGCUUGUAUUCUUUAGGGAAGAGCAUUACUUUUUUAGAUACUUUUGUAGAUUUUUGAAUCAAAACUCAGUCCUAAUGACUUUAAAUUUUUUGUAUUCUAUAAACGAGUUUCAUUAUGAUGGACUUGAUUAGUCCGAAGUUGAUUUUAGAAAUUAUCAGGUAGCAUAAUGUCUUCCCAUCUCCAGGAGGCUUUCUGAUGGACUGAGUCUGUAGAUGAAAAAAUAAUUCAUGUAUGAAUAGCAUGAUUUCUGAGAGUUUAGAGUGCCUUGUAGAGUUUUUUCUCAAUUUCAUUCUUACAGUUUAUAAGCUGGGGGCCAAAUAAAUAGGGACCAUCCUUUUCUUGUUUGGCGGAGGCUGUGGCUCUGUUAUGUCCAAGGUUACAAAAAGUCUGUUGGGAAGAACAAAAAAACCAUGUAUGCAAAGCUGGACUCAUGGUUUGUCUUCUUCUCAAAGGAACUGUUUUUCCUUUGAGACAACCUUUUGGUAUUUCGGAAAAUAAUAGGACCUUAGAUUUUUUAAAUUGGCAUUAAGUCAUAGGAAUUAAAAUUUUCUUUGACUUUGAGCACAUUGCUGUGUAACUCAGCAAAGAGGAUUGACACAGUGGCUGGGCAGCCUUCUUACCCCUUCUUACAGCGUAAAUUAAUAGGUGGUGUUUGUGUGAGUUUUUUUCCCCUUUAUUUAAUGUUGAGCCCUAAUAGUUUGAAGUAUUAGGAUCCCGCCCCCCCCCACCUUCUCUUUGCUGCUGUCUUAGUAUGAUACAUGAAAUACAUCACCUUGUGUCUGUUUGUGUAUAUAUAGCGGUAGGUCAAGUUUAGAGUACUAAUGUCUGUAAAUAAGGAAUGACUAUUAGUAUAUCCAUUAGGAUGUUUAUUCUUGCCAGUAUAAUCAUCACUCUGUUGAGACUGAAGUCCCUGAAGCUUGCCCUUCUUAUUGCUUUCCAGUAGUAGGUAAUGUGCUUGAAUAAGUAUGUGAAUUGCUGAUUGCAGCUUCAUUCAGGGGACUACUGUUCAAUAUGUUUCGUUAGAAUGAUUGUUCAUGGAGUGAUACCUGGUCUGUGUUAAGCUAGCAAAAUGUUCAUACUUUACACUAAAUGGGUCCUAAAUGAUAACAUCUCAUCUGUAGACAUUAAUAUGUAUAUAUUUUUAUAUUGGCUCAAGCUAAGGUUCAGAAUUGAAUAAGAGUGAUAUUGACUAAAAUAGUUACCCAAGAGUCAAAAUGAAGUGAGGACACUGGUUCUUCAAAGGUAGAGAAAAAUACUGUCUGAUCUGCUGUUAGUGGUAUCCCCAGUUCUUAGAUUUUUAUCCUUUCAGGCAAUCUCAGUCCUAAGAUCUGAUGAGCAGAGCUUAUUACUCUGGCACGCAGAAGAAUUAUUAGCUCCAAAAAUAUUAUGUCCUUUUGCUCCAAGAUAGUAAGUGGCUUUUGAAAUAGCUGAGCCAAUCUUUUUCCACAGCCAUUCUCUUCCUGGUGAGGUUAUCACUCUUAUCUUUAGGUUAGGGAAGCAUCAAGCAAUAGUGGUGGUUCUGUGUCCUUUGGCCUAUUUUCAGCAGAUCUCUCGCAAGGCUUCCUUUUCAGUUGGCUCAAAGGAUUCAUUGUCUUUUUGCACAAAGAGUCUGGCCAGGAUCAUAGUUCUUAGCACAUUCAAAUAAUUAGCAGAGACCUAUCACAUGUGAAACUUAACCUUUUAAGAAUUGAUUGGGAGGUUGUCACUCAGUUCUUUAACCCGAGGCUAAUUGGGAGUGGGGGGACUGAAAAGUCUUGUCCAGGGCACUGAGAGUCUCUUAAGUGUCUCCAUUUCUCAGUCCAUUGCUUUUUCUUCCCUAUACUUAGAGGGUGCAUGGAUCUUCCCCUCUCUAUUCAAAUAUCAUUCAGUGCAGCCUGUGGGUUGUUCUCAUUCUUUACCAUCCUACAGACUGGCUAUAUCAUUAACUCUUAAAAGGUUAGACCCAUCAAUGUUCCCACUUGGCGGUAUUUGGCUUACUUACUUCCCUUAUAGUUUUUACUCCGCUGUGUUGUUUUCAUCUGUGGUAUGAUGGCUGGAAAGAACCACAUGGGUAUGGAGUAGUGAGUGACACCUCACCACCACUCCCCAGUUUUGUACUGAGCGAUGUAUGUAGACCAUUCCUGUUACAUUAUGUGACCACAGAGACUUGCCAGGGCAAAAUUUUCCUAAGUCAGAAAAACUAUUAAAUGAGAUGCUGAGAGAUACCUGGGUGAUACAAACUUAACAAGUUAGGCAGAGGACAAACAUUAGCUUAAAAUGUGCAGAUGUAGAAUUCUGUUCAGUGAAUUCUAGAACUUGAAGCAUCUUGGCUGUCGGCUAGUUUAAACCUUUCCCCUAUAGAUUAGGAUACCAGUGAAUAAGAUCCAGCCAGUUAAACCCUGGUUUGAUGUUAAGUAUUGUGAAAUAGGAGUUUUUAAAACAUAUUUGAGGUUAAAAGGACUGAUAUUUGAUAGUGAUACUUUAGUAGAAAAAAAUGCUUUUAGGCGUGUAUUCAUAAGAUUUCUCAUUAACAAAGUGUUAAAUUGCAUUAAGACAUUUUGAUGUUGACAUUGGCUUGAGCAGACUUUACAAAUAGGGUAUAUUCCUAUUUGUGGUAUACCCACCUGCCAUUCAGAGAGACUGGUCUUUGCCUCUAUUUGUCUUCCCUCACAUUGCUUUAAUUAUUCACCUGUUCUUUUAACGCUUCUCAAAUUCCUGUUUUGAUCUUUUAUCAGCUUAAUUCAUGUUCAGGCUUAUUGCUAUGAUGUGCAAAAGUGCUACUUUGCCCCAGUUUUGAAGACUUGGAUCCAAAUAAUGAUUCAUUAUAUAUAUAAAACAUAGUUGUGUUUAAAUAUACUAAAUUUCUAUUAGCUUAAACUGUUAACUUCUCAAGAAUGAUUUUCUCAGACUAAUGUUCACUAGUGUUCACUAAUAAUAAAAGCCCUAGUAAUUCAUCAUUAUUCUAUUCCGAAAACUCUUUUCUUCAAAAAUUAGGGAGGCAGCAAUAGUUAAAAUUCAUACCAGUCCCUUUGAGAUGGCGGUGUCACAAUACAGAGAGGAAUGGAGUUUGUUUUGAUGCCAAAAAGCCUUGUUCUUGCAGUACUUAAGGGUAAAAAGUUGGAACUAGUCAGUUGGCAUAUAGAGAAGCCCUUUUGUACUAGUUAGGUAUGAAGCUGAAUUAAAUAAGAAGCUUUGAUUACUACACUUGGUUAGACUUGGUUGGCUUAACUCAGGGCUGCAAACCCCUUUUCCUCCAUUAAGUCAUUUCUCUUAAUUUGGUACGCUUUUUGUCAAACUCUCCCCCUCUGUUGGAAGACUAAGUAUUCAACUUCUUUCACUCCUAGAAUUGAAUUUAGCUAAGGUUCAAACUGCUUACAGGCUUUGCCAGCACUGAAUCCCACACCAUUGUUCACGGAGUCCUAUAAAUGUGUUUAUUUAAACUUCUUUCCAGUGCUGGGAAUAAGGCUUUAAACUACUGAUUCACCUUUAAAGGAAUGUUGUGAAAAUUGAUAUAAUUUAUGUUUCUCUUAUCCAUCUCAAAUCCUUUAUAUAAAGGAUAGGAUUUAGUUUUUUGUUUUGGGUUAAGCACCCAGUUUAUCUGGUAACUAACAGCCUUAACCAUGGAUAUAUUGUCUUACUCAGAAAUAGGCGAAAAAGGUUUGAUGUAUCUGUAUUGUUACUGAUUUCACACACUUUACUUUCUAGGGGAGGACCAUAAUCUGAAGCUUUUGAUUUUAAACCAAUAACCUUACUUUAUGUAAUGACUUUUCAGUGUGGUUUGGUUAUCUGGAUUCAUACUAUGAUUGAAGAGAGGGAUGCUAGAACAAAAUAAGCAAAUGAAGAGCAAGUCAGGACAAAAGCACAGUGGUCUCAGAUUUUUCUUAGUGUGGGAGCCGUGGCUCUGCUCUCAGAAGAGCUCUAUAUCAUAAUUGUUGUCCAUGAUAAUGAAACCCCUCCAUCCUCUCCUACCCCUUCCCCAAGUUUAAGAUAGUUUACAGUCUGUGAACUCUGUCAAUAAGGGAAAUACAUAUUUCAGUGAUUGCCGCAACAGCACAAGUUGACGGUAGAUAACCACAACCUUAUUGGAGACUACGUUUAUCUUGGUAAAUUCACCUUGUACCCUAGGAAGGAGUGUUUACUUUUUUUUUUUAAUUGCCUUUGGACAAAUUAGUCUGGAUAAUUUUUCAAUAUAUCAUUGUAGCCUAGACUUCUAUAAGUGGAAUGAAUGUUCCUUAAUUAACUCACUUUUUGGUUAUAAUAGUUGGAAACUGAAAUUAAGCUCAUUGCUGUUAUUUGAAAUCCCAAAUUGGCAAAGGCCAAUAUAUAGGGUAUUUCAUAAUAUAAUCAGCUUCUGAAAUUUAUGUGUUUUUAUUAGUGCCUUCUGGUUGCCAAUAUUGACUCUGCUAGUUUACACAUUUCCCUUUCCUGAUAGAAUAUACUUAUUUGUUACAAUUCCUCUUUUUAAAUUUUGUUACGACUAGUCAAGGAAAUACAAAAAAUACAUUUAUAUUUACAUACUUUAUACACAGCCUUUGUUUAGGUUCAAGGAAACCAGGUAGCUCUAAUUCCUGUUGCAGUUUAAAUGUUAUUUAUUCAUCUAUAUUUGUUUUAUAUCCUUAAUUAAAACUAUAAGGUUACUUAUUAAUUCUGUGAGUAUAUUUUAACUAUUGUUUUUCCAGUGCAGGUUUGAUAGGCAUACCUGAGAACAUACAUCUGCCAACAGUUUCACAUUCCAUGAUAGGUAAAAAGCUUAAAGUAAAAGUCCAUAGAAAGCACAAAUCAUGUUCAUGCAGGUGUGUAUCUUCACAUGUAGAAAGCACAAGACUAACAGUAUUUCUUAGUAUCCCACAAGUGCCGGUUGUACAGCCCACCAGGUGUUUUGUCUUGGGAGUUGUGGAGGACCACAGUGUUGAAAGCCCUAGACAACGAGGUAUCCUGAGUUGUGGUCCUAAAUGAUAAGUGAUUCAAAUGUAAUAAUCUGAAUAAGUUUGUACUACUUUGGUAGAGGGAGAAAAGACAAAUAGUCAAGAAUGUUGCAGUUACAUUUGGGGGUUACUAGCGAAAAUGGGGUCUAUGCGUUCUUUCCUACAAUCUGGAACUAAAACAGGGACAGACUUCUAGGCUUUUGGUGGGUGGAAGAGUUUGACAAACUUUUGCUUUAAGCUGUAGGGCCAUUGGUGUUACUAUUUUUUAUCUUAAAUCUUUAGGCAAUUUUACCUGCUAUCAGUAGUUCCCUGAAAACAUGGAGAAAUUUUACAUUUUAACAGGGCAAAUACUACUUGUCUUUAAUCUUUGUGUAGCUUUGUAAGAGUUUUUGAACGUAUCUUUAUUUUUUCAUGUGCUUUACUGCACUUCAUUUUAACAGAGCAGAAUUUGAUCCAAGUGUUCUGAGCAUCAAACUAAAUCUGAGACAUACCUGCCAAACGAGCUACUUUGCUUUUCACAGGGGUUAUAAGAGUCUAAAGGAUUCUUUUACCUGUCCCAUUCCCUGCUUCAUGGUUAGAGUAGAUGAAAUCAGAAUGUGUGUGCAGGAGAAAAUGUGUUUUCUUGCACUCUGUAUUGCCCUUGUCUUAUCCCUUGCUUUCUUUACCUGAAUAGUCCCAGUUUAUCAAGAAUGAAUAGUCUUUGUCUUGGAUUUUGCCCAUAGGUCAAAAGCUGUAACUCUCAGAAUGGGAGAGAAGUGACUACCUUUGUUCCCACUCUCCUCUAGUUUGUGUAUUUAUCUUCUUAAGGAAAGACUUGGUCCACUCUGGUAAUACAUGGGAUGAAGAUUAAAGCUGAUGUAGACUAAUGUCACAUGUUUUAGAAGGGUUAACCGGAACACCUUGAGGGAGAGAUUGCUCCUCUAGUAAAAAAACAGGUGUGUUCUCUCAGUAUUUUAGAAUGUAAAACCUCUGGUUUGGGGGAUGAGGGCAGAGGAGUGCCAGAAAUGCAGGAAAAAAAGAGAAAGGUUUGAGGAAUGUCUUUGGCUUAGCAAUGUGUGUUAAGGCAAAGCAGUUACAACCUGUUAGUCCUAUAUAGUAUGCGUCUGUACCUUUUUAAGUGUUGUUUUUAAAUUUAAAAUCAUUUGUAAGAACUUAAUGCUUUUGAAGAUUCCUUUGGCAGAAUAUCUUUCAUUUAUAAUUCCAUGGAAAAUUGCUUUAAUUAGUCUAGGUGAAAGUCGUCCUAGCAGUGUAAAUAUGUAUAAUUACAAUUUUCUAAUUUCACUUUGAGAUCUCUAACUCUUGAGUGGCAAAAACAAAUCAACAAGUCUUUUGCUCAUGGACUUUUCUGUGGCGUUGUUAAAAUGCAAAAGCUUUAUUUUUGUUAAUAAUGACAUAUUACAUUAGUGUCAGAUGAUGAUAUGGAAUCUGUUCCCUGCUUUCCCCUACCAAUAUUGCUUUGGUUUAUAGAUUGCCAACAGAGUUCAGAAAUACAGCAGGGAUCUACCCAUUCUUUGCUUGGACAUCCCAUUUCUGUUGCCCGGACCUAUGUUGGCAAUCACAUACGAACUACGUUACGCUUCUCAGUGCUUUUUUUUUUUUUUUUUUUUGAUAAGGUGGAUAUCAAAAAUAGUUGCUGUGCAAAAGUUAGUAGUCUUCUUCAAGAAGAAAACCAAUUCCUUUUCUAAUAUCCUGUGAAAUCGCUUCAUUCAUUUCUUUAUUUUUAAGCCAAAUGUCAGCAGCGUACUGCUGCUUUUAUCUAGUACUUUUGAUAUGUAAGUAUUGCAUUUUAAAAAGAUGUCUUCGUUGAAAAUUGUUUUUCCUAGUGUCCUCCCUUUUAUGCUUUGUUCAUAUUUUCUGUAAGAGACCAGUCUGUGCACUGGGGGUGUGUAUUGUGUACAUGUAUCAUUUCGUCAGUUAUGCAUUGUAGACCAAAUGUGAUUAUAAAUGAAGCUGUUGUGUUAUUGGUGAGUUUUUGGAAUUGUAAACUGAUUUCCAGUGUACCCUUUAUUGUCCACAGUUUUUUUUUUUUUUAAGGUUUGAUUGAUGGGGUCCAUCUUCACAUUGUACAGUGUUUUAGUUGCAAGCAGAAAGUAGAAUUUGGUAUAAACCAGUUUAUUUCCAUAUUGAAGGGAAUACAACUGAAAUUGUAGAUUUAGGAUUGUUAACCAUACAUGACAAUUCUAACUUGACUAUUAUUCUAACCUGUAUACAAUCUGAUUUUUAAAAAUUGUAGACAUGUAUGAUCUUGGUUUAAUGUGUUUUUUAAAAGUGUUAUUGUUGAAAAAAAUGGAAAAACAAAUCUGCUUAAAGAGCUGUCAGUUUUCAUUACUGACUCUGUAAAAUACACUGUCGUUUGUGUACUGUGUGUACUUCUCCAGCUGCUGCAUUAGCCUUCAAGAGUAUUUGGAAACUUCAGAUGAACCUACAUUUCUUGCAAAGUAUAUUCCUUUCUGUGGUAUCUUGUCCUGUAACUGAAGUAUAGUAAUUAUUUUAUGGAAAUGUUAUUAGCACUUCUGUACCAACUUUGAAUAAAAUGAAAAAUUUACA